AAUUAACUAAAAAUAAUAACGGUGGUGUUUGCGUUUUUAUUUUCUUAAAUAAAGAUUUUUUUAUGGAUUCCUUUAAAAAUUAAGAUUUAGCUAAAGUAGCGUUUAGCUUCUUAAUUCCAAUGAUAUUCAGUACCACAAACAUUUAAAGUACAAUGCACUGUUAAGCGUUUCACGAUACCACCACAUUACCACUGCCGCUGAGUUUUAUUAAAAUGGAAGAGGAACUAGAUAAACUAAAGUCAGUUCUUCGUUCCCUUGUUGUAUCUUCACCCGUACAAGUAGAUGUACGGGCUUUAUUACGUGAUUACAAGGAAAUGAUUGGUACUCCACUGCCUAUACAUAAAUUUGGACAUCGCGAUCCCAUUGCAUUUUUAAAAGAGCGAUGUAGUGACUCGUUCUUAUUGCAGGGAACAACUAAUAAUCCAAUUUUAACACUAAUUGUGCCAGAGUCGAUAAAACAUAUUGAUAGAUUGGUGCAAAAACAAAAGUCUCAAAAAACUAACUUCAGUAAAGGGAAAAGAAGAAGUGUCAUGAAAUCAACAUUCACAUCAUUAAAUAGUGAGUCUAAUCUUAUUGUUGAGACAUUUGCAAAUAAAUAUGUUGGGAGCAAAACACUGACUCUAAGAAUUGGAGACUGUAAUCAAAAUGUUAAUAAUACAAAAGAGGGAGACUGUAAUCAAAAUAUUAAUAAUACAAAAGAGAACCCAAGACAGAGCAUGCAUAACGAAGUGGUUGGAAUAACUCAAAAACAUAGGGAACAACAAGAUGUAGAACAUAAAAGACCUGCUCACAACAUAAGAUACACAGGGGGCCAUGACAGUGGAUACAUUCAGAAUGAUUCUGUAUCCUCCUACUCAGAACAUGAUUCAGCAAGAGAGACACUUUCAAGUAGUAGCAGUAGCAAGCGAAUGCAGCUGGAGAAAUUGUUGGAUGAAGUUUCCGCCAUUGUUUUGCAGAAUCCAGACGGUCUCUGGGCUACUGACAUAUUGAAGUGUUACAGACAGAGAUACGGUUGCGAGUUGAAUUUAAUACGAUUCGGGUACACGAGCAUCGUGAGUCUGCUGCAGCAAGUACCAGGCGUGACGUCAGCGCAAGUACGCGGUGGCGACUGGCGCGUGUGGGCAGGCGACGUUCCGCCCCGCCUACCCCCCGCCUCGCCAGUUACCGUGCCGCGUCCACGCACACCCACCCCCGAUCCCGAUGAUGCGCUGCCCGGCGUCCAGUUUGACCCAGACGUGUUCCCGUCAGACUGUCUGCAUUACACAGAGAGCAUCCCAGCCGCGGAACAAGACGGCCUGCGGCCCGGAGACAUGUUAGACGUGCUGAUCGGGGAAGUGUAUUCGCCAUCGCACUUCUGGCUUCUGCGCCUCGGCGAGCAAAACCGUGCUAUGGAAGACAUCAUGGAUGAGAUGAACCAGUACUACGAUGGCGACGGAGAGGGUGCGCGAAAGCUGGCAACAGGCGCUGUGCGGAGGGGCCACUAUUGCUCUAGUCGCUACGAGGGCGACUGGCAUCGCUCCCUUAUUGUCAAAGUGAUAGACAGUGACACAGUCAAGGUCCGCCACGUUGACUAUGGUACGGUGGAGCGUGUACAGGCGCAAGCCUUGCGGCCGCUGCGCCGAGAGUGGGGGGAAUUGCCGGUGCAGGCCGUUAGGGCACGCCUGUCCCGCGUGCAGCCACCGAACGGUGCUCGCCGAUGGCCACAUAGCGCCACCACUGCUUUUCUAUCUAUCGUCGCGCAGAAGCCGCUCGUCGCUGCCGUCGCAGCCAUCGACUCCGAGAACAUUCUGGAAGUGGUCCUAGUGAAUACGUUGACGGAUGAAGACGUGUACGUUUCGGAUGAAUUAGUGCGCGCCGGACACGCCGAUCCGCGCUCAACUGUUCCAAUCUUCUCGGAACCGUACUUGUCGCCCUCUUUCGACGCCUUGGAGAAUGGCGACACCCUCAACUUCGCUGAGAUUAGCGCCUACUUGCGCAAUGGCGUCGUGCUCGAUUUCCUCGAUGAAUAUCGCCGCUACGUUCCCUCCGCUCUGCCCUCUCCUCCCCCCUCAUCGCCUCCGGUGCAACCCACGCAAACUCUCACCGCGGCGCUAGAGAGCAUGAAUAUGACUGAGACGGUUCCGCAAGAGCAGCAUGUCCCGGCAGGGGAGAUUGAAUUGUGGAACAGAUCGGGAGAACAUUGGCGGGAGGAAACACAAGGGAACUGGCCCGUUCCUGAGACGGACUGGCGGAAUACACUAGACGCGCAGUUGCAAGCUAGUUCACAACUGCACAAGGAUUUCGUGAGUAUACCAGUACGUGUAUGCCAAACGUUCAAACAGCUGUGCGGAAUAAACCCGCGAAUGGCACUGCAUUACAUAUCAAAUGCGAUUGACCUCGCCUCGGCUCCCGCUAAUGUGGACCCUCCACCUGGUUUCGGCCCUCACCGCUUCUGCCCCUCGACGCCUGGACUUUAGCAUCUAUACUUUUAUUUUAAAAUCGUUUAUUUCCUGAGGAAACUGACGGCUGUUAAAAGUAUUUGGUUAGUGACGUAAACUUUGUUUUUUGUUUUUAUGUAUAAAUAAAGUUAAUUAUGAUAAGUACAUAAGUACUAACAUUUUAAGUCUCUUUGUGAUAACAUAGUCUUAAGAAUUUGCCUUAAUACUUUAAAUAUAAAUGAAAAUAAAUAUUUUUUUACUCUAUAUUAAACUUAUCUGAUUAGUACCAAUACUACCGCCAUAGUUUAGGAUUAAGAGACAGUAAUAGUUAUGGUAUGUGACGUAAGUAAGGUAAAAGAAAUAAACAAGCAUUUAUACAUAAGUAU